UUAGCAUCUCCUAAAAUAUCCCUCACUCUUCACGUUCACGCUCUUUUGCAGUUACCGCGAGAGAAGCUACUACCUAGAGGCUAAGGUAAUUGCUUUCUGUUUGGCAAAAUUUAGUUGGGAAAAUAGCUAUUGCAGGAGAUCUCAGGGUUUACCAUACAGAUUCAAGCCUCUUCGCAUUUUCCCCUAGCUUGUUAUCGGUUUUACGCACUUUUCUAGCUGAGGCCUGAGCUUCAAACCGCACUUAAGACAUGAGUAAUGUGACCGAAGAUAGCAACGAUACGGGGUAUAGUAGGCCUCUUGAAGGGAUGGCAGGUGUUAUUGCAUUACUUGGUAAAAUGCAUGAGGAUACAAAUGUUACACUGCUACAUUUGUUCACUCGGAUUGGACAUGAGGUUGAUUUAAGCAAAACGAGAAGGGAGUUGUUCAAUCUCUUGGGUAAUAUUCCCGAUCUUUCACUCACUGACAAAUUCGUUGUUUGUGAGACUCUUGGAGGAAAUCCGGCACGGCUAGAUCUGUUUAUGGGGCUGCCUGAUUCUGUGAAACCUGCAUAUGUCUUGCGUGUUCUCAAGGAGAGGGGGCAGCGUCAGGAAUAAGCAAUCUUUGUAACCAAGUAUUGGCUGCGUUGUAGGGAAGCUUUUGGUGAUAUGUAAUUUGUUACUUUUGGUUACCGGAAAUAUGAGAACUUUUGGUGAUAUGUAAAGAUUGUGACCUUAUAUGGUAGUAGUACUAAAUUGAAAUC